CGGGAGACAGAGAGAGGACGGAGAGCUCAACCCAACAGCUGUGACUGGAGGAGCAGCCAAAGGAGAAGAAGAGAGGAGGAAGGAGGGAGAGCAUCCCAUCCCCACUCGCCCAGCGCUUUCCCUCUGCCUCCUGCUCCAGGGGCUGCAGGCAGCAUGCGGAGGCUCCGGGCCAAUGCCAUCGCCAUCCUGACCGUGGCUUGGAUCCUGGGCACUUUCUAUUACUUGUGGCAGGACAACAAGCCCCACCGAGCCCCAGCCUCCUCGGCUUCUUCCUCCUCCUCCUCUUCCAGCAGCAGCAGCAGCAGCAGCAGAGGGGACAAAGAGGAGAGGACCCUGGCUCUCAGCAUCAUAGCAUCCAGGUCGCCACAAGCAGAGAAACCUGGCUUACGGAGUUUUGAUGAGAAGGCUUAUGUAUCCUCAAAGGUGCUAAAGGUUGGAGAAGACCCUUAUCGGCAACAUGCUUUCAAUCAGUUAGAGAGUGACAAACUCAGCAGUGACCGGCCCAUUCGAGAUACCAGGCAUUACAGGUGUGCCUCUAUACACUAUGGUGCAGACCUACCAGCAACAAGCAUCAUCAUCACCUUUCACAAUGAAGCUCGCUCCACCUUACUCCGCACAGUGAAAAGUGUUCUGAAUCGUACUCCUGCCAACUUGAUCCAGGAAAUAAUUUUAGUGGAUGAUUUCAGCUCUGAUCCUGAGGAUUGCCAGCUCCUUACCAAGAUACCAAAGGUCAAGUGUCUACGCAACAAUCGUCGAGAAGGGCUGAUCCGCUCUCGAGUUCGAGGUGCGGAAAUGGCAACUGCUGAUAUUCUAACCUUCCUUGACAGCCAUUGUGAGGUAAACAGUGAAUGGCUGCAACCGAUGCUUCAGAGAGUGAAAGAGGAUUAUACUCGAGUGGUGAGUCCUAUCAUUGAUGUGAUAAGCCUGGACAAUUUUGCCUACUUAGCAGCAUCAGCAGAUUUGAGGGGAGGGUUUGACUGGAGUCUUCAUUUUAAGUGGGAGCAGAUCCCCAUUGAGCAAAAGUUGUCCAGAACAGACCCUACGCAGUCCAUACGAACGCCUGUCAUAGCAGGAGGCAUCUUUGUGAUCGAUAAGUCUUGGUUUAACCAUCUUGGAAAAUAUGACACACAGAUGGAUAUCUGGGGAGGAGAAAACUUUGAGCUUUCUUUCCGAGUCUGGAUGUGUGGAGGUAGCUUGGAGAUUGUUCCCUGCAGCCGAGUGGGCCAUGUCUUCAGGAAACGCCACCCAUAUGACUUCCCAGAGGGCAACGCACUGACCUAUAUUAAAAAUACCAAACGUACAGCAGAAGUAUGGAUGGAUGAGUACAAACAGUAUUACUAUGAGGCCCGCCCCUCUGCCAUUGGAAAGUCAUUUGGAAGUAUUGCAGACCGUGUGGAGCAGCGUAGGAAGCUGAACUGUAAAUCCUUCCAGUGGUACUUGGAGAAUGUUUACCCUGAACUCAAGGUUCCAGAAAAGGAGCUUGUUCCUGGGAUAAUCAAGCAAGGAGCAAAUUGUCUGGAGUCUCAGGGACAGGACACAGCAGGAAAUUCUCUAGCAGGGGUUGGAAGCUGCAAAGGGACAGCGAAUGAUCCCGCUGCCACUCAGGAGUGGAUAUUCAGUGACCCCUUAAUCAGGCAGCAGGACAAGUGUCUCUCAAUCACCUCCUUCUCCACUGGCUCCCAGAUCACAAUUGAAGCAUGCAAUCAGAAAGACGGCAGACAGAAAUGGAAGAUGAAAGGCAGCUUCAUCCAGCACUUUGUCAGUGGCCUAUGCUUAGAAAGCCAGUCCAGCAGACUAGUGACCAACAUCUGCCAGUCAGAUAUACCAGGACAACAGUGGGAGCUGCUCCAAGCCACAUGAUGGUUGCCCGUCAACUUCUCCAGUGCUUUUGCAUGAGACUCUGGGAAUGGAAGGGGUUAGGGUGGGGAAUGGAGUUUAAACCUUAAGUGUUUUUAUUGUGAUCCUCAGCCAUUAACCAUUUCAGUUGAAAUGUCAGUGUUCUUGAAUUCAUUAAUGAAGCACCCCAAGGUAUAUGGAAACAUCCCUGGAACUGGCCCAUCUGUAAUCCCUGCUUCCCCACUGUGAAUAACACUAUAGGACACUCAGUAGCAGCUCAAGGUUGGGAAAAGGUACUUCCCAGUAGCUAAGACUUAAGUGUGACUAAGACUGAAUGACAGCUCUUCCCUUCCAUUUCUUUCUCCAGAGAAAUUUGUGGUCUCUGGUUUCAUGGAGUUGUUGCAAUUGGUGUCUGUGUUGCAAUUGGUGUCUGGUCUCAUGGAGUUGUGGCAAUUGGCUUUAAUAUGAACUCCUGGUGGAUUUGCGUGACUUCGUUGGCUUUGAGACAUGACAUCAUCUCUCAUUUUGCAUGUGUGCUGUACAAAAUGCUAUAUGGGAAAACAGGCAAAACUAGUCAUGGCUACGUUACUGGGAAAUGCAUCAUUGGCAGGGAAAUGAAGGGCUUAGGGCCUAGGGCCUUUGUUUAUCUACUUUUAUUUCUAAGUUUGUUUCAUCUUUGGAGUAUGUUCAUAUAAUUCCUUGCAGAGGUAUGGAUCUUUGUGUUUCCCUGGUUAAAACAAGUUUGUGGUAUAGCAGUGAGAAAGUUAAAAGCCAGCCCUUUGAGGGUAAAUAAUUUGAUGGGGUUUUUUUCUAGAGCUUGAGUCUUGAAGUGCAAACAUUAUUUGAAAUUACAUGAACAAAAGGUCCCCUUUUGUUUUUUCUACAAAAAAAGUGUUUCUUGUUGUGUACUAUGUGUGCAUCUUGAUUCUUUUUCCCCCUGCAUUUCUCUCAUUUCAAAAAACAAAGUUCAGACAAUUUAGCUAAGCUCUAGCAGAUAGGUUAUUGGAGGUCACUCUUGAGACUGACAAAUGUGAUGCAGCAUGGAUGUGAGGACCCAUCCAUUAAGUCCUCUCCCGGAAGGCAUUCUGUGACAUUGUACUGACAGCCAGUGUUAAAAGUGUUGGUGCUAUCUGAACUAAGCAAAGGGACAUGGAGGAGCCUGGAGAGAACAGGUAUCACUUCCUUCUGUAUUUGAAUUUAUUCCAGUAAAGAAGUCAGUCCCCCAUAUACAUAUAUGUGCACUUUUAAACAUAAGUCCUGAUACUGAAAAGGUCAGCUGGUGUGUCUCUGCUCAACCCAUGUUAAUGAAUCAAUCGGAAUGCAAUUUAUUUCUCAAGAUAAAAGGAAUUACUCUCCACUCCAGGGAAACAUUCCUCUUCUUGAAAGCUUCUUUUCAAUCCAUGCCUGAGGUAAGGUUACCAGUGUGUGUGUUUUCUCCUUUCAGUGCAUAGCACGAACUCAGAAACCAUUUGCUGACUAGUUCAUGAUCCUUAUGCAUGUUCCAGAAGGCAAAGUGCAAAGUUAUUGAGGGCACUUUGGUCCUGUGCAGCUGGAAGAAAAGCUGUUAUUACCUUGCACCCACUGGAGACUGUACUUGUAAAGACACUUGGGAAUAAGCACUACUGAACCUAGUGGAAUUUACUUCUGCAUAAAUGUGCAUGGCUAAAUGUUGACAUGCAUCCUAACUGGAGAGCCCUGAGGGCAGGUGAGCAUGCAUUCAGGCGCAGUUACAAAGGAGCAUCCAUAAUAAGCCUCUGCAAAAUUACAUGGUUCUGUCUCUCAUGGUUUGAAUUGCAUCUGAAUGGAAGCAGUGAGAGACACAGUCUUGAGGGCUAAAUUACUUUUGAAUCUCAUAUUUGUGAAUUGCUGCAUAGCAAUAACACUGGUUGUCUGUCAGGUGGAGUGGGGGGAAUAAGUGCUGUCUGUGUGCCAUCACUAGAGCCUUAUUUAGGCCUUCUAAGUACUGUAUGGGUUUACAAAAUAUAGAAAUAGGAGAAUGUGCUGGCUUUACUCCUUCCAUGUCUCUGCUUCCAUGUAGAGGAGUGAGGUGGAAGUAAGGAGCCUCUUAUUUGUCUGGAGGUCUUCCACAUCACCCAGAACCUUAGAAAAACAAGAUUGCAUGCACUCAGAAGGCUCUCCAGGCUCAUUGCAGUGUAAGCAAGAUGGAUGGGACUAGCACAUUCUUAUAUUUACAUAUGUAGUUAAUCCUUAUGUAGAAUGUCUGACACUGCAAAGUAUUGCCCUGACAGUUUUCAGGACCAGUCUGACCAGUCCUUUGAGGACACAUCUUAUACCAAAUGUCUUCUCUACUAAUAAAGUCAAAAGCAAAAGAGACAUCAAUGACAUUCAAAUUUGUCUGCAAGAGAGGACUGCGCAAAGCCACAUUCAGUUGCUGAUCCCCUACUCAAACUUGUAUAGCCUCCCUAUAAAAAUAAAAAGUGUUAAUUUGGAUCUAGUGUAGAUUUAGUUUUAUUCAUUAGCCCUUUGAGCAAUAGUAACCUUUAUCUUAGAGAACUCUGACAUCAGGGCCACCAAAAUAGCCAUAGCCCUGCAAGGAUCAUGCCACAAAGGCAGAAAUAAGGAAAGUAGUAUUUUAACCCCCCUCCCUCUUUUGCAAUGGGGCUUCCUCUCUUUCAGUUGGUCACUGGAGUGGCAUUAAGCUCCACCAUCAGCCUACAUUUCAUCUCUGCCAGUUCAGUCAACCUACAGUUCUAAUAUAGAUCUAAGAUCUGGUCUGAGAGCACAUCUGGGAGCCAGCAGAGCUGUGGAUCUUUUAGAUCCUGGACCUCCCCCAAGAAAUCUCAUUUUCAUUUUCUGUGACAUUGGAGUUAUGUUUCAAAGAAGUGAGGGGCAGUAAUGUUUCUGCAAAGGCAGCAACCACAGGGAGGGGGCCCAAAGCCAGAUCUAAUCCAAAAAUGUACCCUUGGACUGUUGCAGAGGGAGAUCCACAAUAUUUUAUUCCACAACAUUAGAAUUAUUAUACCAUUAAAUAGUGGCAUGAUAUCUUCAGUCUUUUAGUAACCGUCCAAUCAGUGCAAAGAAAAGACUGGCUGGCAACCAAUCUUUAUAGCCCUUAAAACUCAGCCAGAAAAUCCUUUCCUUUGUACCUCAAUAUAUCUAAGGGGUUCAUGUCAGAUGCUUUCUUUUUCUCAGGACUGAAGAUAGGCCAAAUUUCAAGGAUGGUAAUUCAAGGAUAGUCAGAUAUGGAUAAUGGGCCUAAAUACCCUAAAGGCACCAGAUUCUGUCUGAACUUGGAAGGUAAUCGGGGUUACUCCUGGUUAGUUCUUGGAUGGGAAACCGCCAAUAAA